CUCAGUUUGAUGCAGCAGAACGAAUCACCCAGAAAGUAAAGUGUUAAUCUGAGAGAAGUGUGGAGGGAGGAGAGACAGGAACAGGGGAGAGACAGUCAGAGCAGGCAGGGGGGAGAGACAGUCAGAGCAGGGGGGAGACAGCAAGAGCAGGGGAGACAGUCAGAGCAGGGGAUACAGCCAGAGCAGGGAGGGACAGGCAUAGAAUCAUAGAAUGAAUUGUGAACAGUGUUGCACUCUCUACUUAAAGCUGCAUUUAUUGCAUUCCCUGGACUGAGCUGCAUUUAUUGCAUUCCCUGGACUGAGCUGCAUUUAUUGCAUUCCCUGGAUUAAGCUGCAUUUAUUGCAUUCCCUGGAUUAAGCUGCAUUUAUUGCAUUCCCUGGACUGAGCUGGAUUUAUUGCAUUCCCUGGAUUGAGCUGCAUUCAUUGCAUUCCCUGGAUUGAACUGCAUUCAUUGCAUUCCCUGGCAGAGAUAAGGUGCUAUAAGGAAGGAUGGAGAGGUCUCCCUGAGUUUCCCAGGCUGUGUACAGGAACACUGGAGAGGGUAAGGACUGAUACAUAGUAAAUAAAAUGCAGGGCAGGAUACAAAGUGUGUGAUAUCUGGAGAUAUACUAUAACGUCUGCACCACCAUCCCCUUCCCCCAACUUUAAUGUAACUAUUGUACACACCUCCAACUGUUACUGUUACCAACAUCCCCCAACUAGUACCCUGCACACAUAAACCAACUGUUACUGUAACCUACAUCCCCCCAACUAGUACCCUGCACACAUAAACCAACUGUUACUGUAACCUACAUCCCCCAACUAAUACCCUGCACACAUAAACCAACUGUUACUGUAACCUACACCCCCCCAACUAGUACCCUGCACACAUAAACCAACUGUUACUGUAACCUACAUCCCCCAACUAGUACCCUGCACACAUAAACCAACUGUUACUGUAACCUACAUCCCCCAACUAGUACUCUGCACACAUAAACCAACUGUUACUGUAACCUACACCCCCAAACUAGUACCCUGCACACAUAAACCAACUGUUACUGUAACCUCCAUCCCCCCAACUAGUACCCUGCACACAUAACCAACUGUUACUGUAACCUACAUCCCCCCAACUAGUACCCUGCACACAUAAACCAACUGUUACUGUAACCUACAUCCCCCAACUAAUACCCUGCACACAUAAACCAACUGUUACUGUAACCUACACCCCCCCAACUAGUACCCUGCACACAUAAACCAACUGUUACUGUAACCUACAUCCCCCAACUAGUACCCUGCACACAUAAACCAACUGUUACUGUAACCUACAUCCCCCAACUAGUACUCUGCACACAUAAACCAACUGUUACUGUAACCUACACGCUCCCCCCCCCCGCCCCCCCCCAACAAGCACCCUGCACACAAUAAAUGUGGGGGCUUCUUAAGGGGGAGGUAAGAUAUACAGGUCCAGCCUUUAGAUGUGACAUUCCUGAGAGUCUGUCAUUUUCUUACAUUCUCACCUUACUGGGAGCAUCUCUGAUAAGGAUUCAUUACUUCUUGUAUUCUGACAUUUUAAUGCAGGUUAUUAUAAGGUAUGCUUAAUAUUCUGAUAUUGUAUAGUUAGCUCUGAGUAAAGUGGAGAGUCAGAUUAUUUUAUUACUUUCUCUGGCUCCCACCCAUAUUGACAUUAUUUACUCAGCACCAACAUACAGUGUAGAGGUGUACAAAGGGUGGGACAACUACAGGGUUCUAUUCCCUAAACAGUGAUUUAUGGUAGGUAGGUUGACAACGUGCAAAUAUUACGUCAAAUGCUUUCACUCCAACUUAUUAGUAUUAGUAUUUUGUGAAUAGGGCACACGAAUAACUCAGAGUGGAGAGAUUAUGAUAUCAAACAUGUAGGAACAAAAUACAAGAAGGAUUCCUCGUCUUAAGAGCUUACAGUCUCGGUCCAGGCUUUAAAGGUUAUAACACAAUUCUAACAUCCACCAGUUCAGAUAGCACUAUUUACUAAUUCAGAUUUUCCACAGGAAAACCACUAUCAAUAUGUUUUAUUUCGAAAUGUCCAAAAACAAGUAUUUAAAAAAUAAAUAAAUUGAAUAGCACAUUAUUAAAGUAUAGGAAAAAUGUAAAACAACAAUGUCGCAUAUUAGAAAAUGUAACAUUCUAUAAAAUAUUUAUGAAACUUUUUAUGUGAAACCUAACUUGCACAACAAAUAUAAAAAUACUGAAUAUUGGGGUUCAAGCUCCCAUUGCCUACGACUGCUGUAUGAACUAAAAUACUCAGCCGCAAUGUGAAAACAAAUCAGGACAUGAGAUGUGCACAGUUAAAGUCUUGGGUAAUAUUUCAAUAAAUGGCGUUUUUAAUACGGCAAGGCCAUAGAUUAUUCUCGCAGUAUAUGUUUUUAGGCUACCCUGAUGGUUCCAUUUGUAGAAUUUGGCUUUUAGGAAGUUGUUCUAUUUAAACCAUCCCAAACAUAUCAGUUCUGUUUAUCUUGUUUCUAUAGAGAUCUGCCUUUGUUUAGUAACCGUCCAGCCUUCAUGGAUACGUAAUGACACCUAAGCACCAUUUAUCCCUCAAGCAGCUUUAUAGUAUAUUGUUUGCCUUAAGGCCAGUCCGACAAUGUGUGAGUAGGUGCCUGGAAAUUAGAAUGACUGUACAGCCAUAAAAAUGUUUAUUUAAUGUGUCAUCUUUGUGAUGUACUGAGACCCGCAUCAAUGAAUCCCGAACAAGAAGCCACUGGCUUUCACUAGUUUGAAUAUUUCGUGUGAAAGUGGCUCUGUACAUAGCCGUGUUGUUAUUGGUCUAACCCGCUUCCUCGAUGAUAUCGUGGUCAUUGGACACAAGGGAUCUGAUGCCAAAAAAUAGAUACAGCUUUCUUUCUGAAACAUAUUAUUUCAGCUUUUACUUUAGCGAUUUUCAAAGGAGAACUGUCACGUCACAUUUACUGAUCCCCUGUAUCUAGGAAAUAUGUUUUCGUGGGGACUAAAAUGUAAUAAAAUAAAAAUAUAAAAAUCCACACACUACAGAGCACCGCAAUUGUGGAACGACCUCCCGUACAAUUUAAAAUCUUCCCCAAGCCUAAAGUCCUUUAAGAGACCCCUCUCUACAUACCUCAAAACAGAAUGCACCUGUCAUGGUUGAUUAUAUAUUUCCUACCUAUGUUAAAUUUUGUAUUUAUUGUGUAUUAAUAUUGUUUUUGCAUUUUAUUGUACCCUAAUGUAACAAUGCGAUGUUUUGUGGACCCAGGGCAUACUUGAAAACGAGAGAAAUUUCAAUGUAUCCUUCCUGGUAAAAUAUUUUAUAAAUAAUGUAUCCUAGAACAGUGCGUCUAAAUCAUCCCUUUCUAUCAUCGUUGUAAAUGGUGCCGUAUUCUGCAAUUCCGAAAACCAUCUCUCUGUGUGCCUUGGCUGUGCCUUGAUAGAACGGGAUGGUGAUUUGAUAAAUCAUUAACAUAAAACAGAUCAUGUUCUAAUUUCCAGAGAAGUGACUGUUCCGCUUUAAAGGACCACUAUAGUCACCCAGACCACUUCAGCUCAAUGAAGUGGUCUGGGUGCCAGGUCCCCCAGGUUUUAACCCUGCAGAUGCAAACAUAGCAGUUUCAGAGAAACUGUUUACAUAGCAGGGUUAAUCCAGCCUCUAGUGGCUGUCUUCCUGACAGCCGCUAGAGGUGCUUCUCCCGCCGCUCAAUGCAAAAAUCGCAUUGAGCACCCAGAAAGUCCAUAGGAAAGCAUUGAGAAUUGCUUUCCUAUGGGUGUUUUUAAUGCGCAUGCGCAUUCGGCUCCACUCGGGAGCUGAAGUUGGAGGGGAGGGGAGGUCACCAGCGCCGAUAAAGGUAAGUGGCUGAAGGGGUUCUAACCCCUUCAGCCCAGCGGGAGGGGGGCCCUAAGCAUUAUAUAGUUUUAGGAAAACGAGUUUGUUUUCCUGGCACUAUAGUGAUCCUUUAAUUCAUUACCUCGAUAAUGCAUAAAGAUGGGAAGUAUCAGUACAAUGGGUACUGGGGUAUCAGUACAAUGAAAUGUGGCUGAUAAUUGCUUCAUUUUCAAACUUUGUCCCAGAAUAGCUCUUUAAACAUAACCCACUCUGUUUCUGCUUUCACUCCUGUCUCGGAUCUGACGGGCAGAGGACAGAGCUUAUAAUAAUGAUUGGCAGAGAAAUAAGAUGGAGGCGCCCGAUUGAAAGAUAGAGCAAAAUGCUUUAUAUUUGUGAUUUCUACUUUUAAUAAUUAUUUUCAGACAUCAAAAAUAUUAUUUUUGUUAAAGAGUUUGUCAAGUAAAAAUAAUAUUAAAAAUAAUACAGAUUGAUGGCUCCACCUGAAAAUCUGGAUGUAGAUAAUUAUUAAAUUAAUAUUUCCCCUCUGAUUAGAUCAUGCAGAGAUGCACUCUCACUGUGCUCGUUGGGGACAGCUCCCUGUGGUGCUGUACUCAAAAUUGAGACGGUGGAAUAGGACCCUAGAAAAAGGACUGUCACCACAAAAUCGGGAGACAUGGUGGAUAUGGCAACUCUAUAUGUGUAAAAAUGAAAUCUCAAGGCAGUUAAAACUUCCCAUCCCCCAAAAUGAAGCUUACAGUAAGUGGGUCAUAGGAUGCUCUUACAUUGGACCCAAUCAAAGUGUGGCUGAGAGUUGUGAGAGCAGUUAUAAGGUGUAAAUUCUUAAUACUGACACUAUUCUGGACCUGAGGUAUUCUCCACUGAUUCUUCAGUAAUUCUGUGGAUCUCCAGCUGGAGUCUAUGAGUCAAUGCUCAGUAUCAAUAAAUGGGCCUUGGUCUCGCUGCAUGUGGUCGCUGAUUGUAACCUCCUGAGCAACGGCGACGCACUCUUUAGCAGUCAGAGCCACCGCAAUCCAUAGCAGUGGUUCCCAAACUUUAUUGGACCACGGUACUCUUGAUUGAGAAAAAUUCCCUCCAAAUAUCACCUACUUUAUUUUCUUGUUACUUGCAUCAGCAGCUUAGAAAUGCCACAUUUACUGGAAACCUUACUAUUAUUGUUACGGGUAUUUAUACAGCGCAGAUUAUUCUGCAGUGCUUUACAAUAUUAUAUAGGGGGGAUUUUAACAAUAAAUGAGACUAUUGAAACUAUUUCAAAUUUUCACAGCAGCGCCAGGUUGGAGAGGAGUCUGCCAGAACGAGCUUACAUUUAGAGGAGAAAGGAUGUAAGACACAAUAAGAAGGACAGUGUGGGGCAGGAGCUGGCUGGCAAAUACAACCCAGGGGCUCAUGGUGCUGAAAUUCAAAUUCCCCCAUUUAAAUAAACAAAGGAGAGAAGGAGCAGCUCAGGGCAAAUGCUGCUGAUCAGCUCCCAGGACCGGACUGGGAAAAAAAAAACAGCCAUGGAAAAAUGUUAUACCGGCUGUGUAAUUCAUUGCAACAUAUAAUGCACAGAUAUAAAAAUGUUAUACCGCCCUGUAAUGCAUUGCAACAAAUAGUGCACAGAUAGAAAAAUGUUAUACCGCCCUGUAAUGCAUUGCAACAUAUAAUGCACAGAUAGAAAAAUGUUAUACCGCCCUGUAAUGCAUUGCAACAUAUAAUGCACAGAUAGAAAAAUGUUAUACCGCCCUGUAAUGCAUUGCAACAUAUAGUGCACAGAUAGAAAAAUUUUAUACCGGCCGUGUAAUGCAUUGCAACAAAUAGUGCACAGAUAGAAAAAUGUAAUACCGCCCUGUAAUGCAUUGCAACAAAUAGUGCACAGAUAGAAAAAUGUUAUACCGGCCUUGUAAUGCAUUGCAACAAAUAGUGCACAGAUAGAAAAAUGUUAUACCGCCCUGUAAUGCAUUGCAACAUAUAAUGCACAGAUAGAAAAAUGUAAUACCGCCCUGUAAUGCAUUGCAACAAAUAGUGCACAGAUAAAAAAAUGUUAUACCGCCCUGUAAUGCAUUGCAACAUAUAGUGCACAGAUAGAAAAAUGUUAUACCGCCCUGUAAUGCAUUGCAACAUAUAGUGCACAGAUAGAAAAAUGUAAUACCGCCCUGUAAUGCAUUGCAACAUAUAGUGCACAGAUAGAAAAAUGUUAUACCGCCCUGUAAUGCAUUGCAACAUAUAGUGCACAGAUAGAAAAAUGUUAUACCGCCCUGUAAUGCAUUGCAACAAAUAGUGCACAGAUAGAAAAAUGUAAUACCGCCCUGUAAUGCAUUGUAACAAAUAGUGCACAGAUAGAAAAAUGUUAUACCGGCCUUGUAAUGCAUUGCAACAUAUAGUGCACAGAUAGAAAAAUGUUAUACCGCCCUGUAAUGCAUUGCAACAAAUAGUGCACAGAUAGAAAAAUUUUAUACCGCCCUGUAAUGCAUUGCAACAUAUAGUGCACAGAUAGAAAAAUGUUAUACCGCCCUGUAAUGCAUUGCAACAUAUAGUGCACAGAUAGAAAAAUUUUAUACCGGCCGUGUAAUGCAUUGCAACAAAUAGUGCACAGAUAGAAAAAUGUAAUACCGCCUGUAAUGCAUUGCAACAUAUAGUGCACAGAUAGAAAAAUGUUAUACCGGCCGUGUAAUGCAUUGCAACAAAUAGUGCACAGAUAGAAAAAUGUUAUACCGCCCUGUAAUGCAUUGCAACAUAUAAUGCACAGAUAGAAAAAUGUAAUACCGCCCUGUAAUGCAUUGCAACAUAUAGUGCACAGAUAGAAAAAUUUUAUACCGCCCUGUAAUGCAUUGCAACAUAUAGUGCACAGAUAGAAAAAUGUUAUACCGCCCUGUAAUGCAUUGCAACAUAUAAUGCACAGAUAGAAAAAUGUUAUACCGCCCUGUAAUGCAUUGCAACAUAUAGUGCACAGAUAGAAAAAUUUUAUACCGCCCUGUAAUGCAUUGCAACAUAUAGUGCACAGAUAGAAAAAUGUAAUACCGCCCUGUAAUGCAUUGCAACAUAUAAUGCACAGAUAGAAAAAUGUUAUACCGCCCUGUAAUGCAUUGCAACAUAUAGUGCACAGAUAGAAAAAUGUUAUACCGCCCUGUAAUGCAUUGCAACAUAUAGUGCACAGAUAGAAAAAUGUAAUACCGCCCUGUAAUGCAUUGCAACAUAUAGUGCACAGAUAGAAAAAUGUAAUACCGCCCUGUAAUGCAUUGCAACAUAUAGUGCACAGAUAUAAAAAAAGUAAAUUGAAAAUCAAUUCUCCAAUAUGAAGGCGAGCAGGCAAAGGGCUUCACAAUAAACCUUCAACAGCUUACAGUCAGCUUUUUAGCCCCGUUUCCUAGCUGUAGUGUGGGGUUGAAACGUUUCCUGUGCUCUGUCACACAUUUUCUUAAAAUAAAGUUUGUUUAUUUGAAUUUUUUUAAGUUGACUCCUUUACACUGGAUAUAUAUUAUAGGGCUGAAAUAUGGCACCGGGGACUGUAAGACAAGCAGAGGUUGUUCUUUUGUAAAUAAAAAUCAGAAUUUAGGUUAAAACAGUUAUUUAGAUUAUUAUUACUUACAUUUUUUUACGUAUUUAUUUAAUUCUUUAUUUUGUUGAGGCAAGGAUGGGUACAAUACAAAAAAAGAAAAAUGUAGUUAUGUCUAUUGUAAACAGAGUGACAAUGCAGUGGUUACGCAGAAGACACUCUCAGUAAUCUCAGCCUUUUUUUUGGUUUUAUAUAGCGUGGUCUAGCAGAAUAUAUCAGUGAAGGGUCACAAAUAACAAAAACAAAACAGUGUAAAUAAACAGUGCAUAAACAAGUCACGCUAUUUGACAUUAAAAAGAGACGAGCAUGUUUAGCUUAAACAUCAAGUGUGAUCUAUGCACAAGUGGAACGGUAUAGUCAUAAGAAUUUACAGUAAUAUAGGUCUAACCUUACUAACCGUACUAGCCAGUCAAGACUGUGGUACUGAAAUUGUUCCUAGAGGUUAAGACCAUUUGGUAUAGGAAUUAAAAAAUGACAGGUAAGUUAGGAGAGCACAACAAUGGGAGCAGCAUUAGCCACAUGAAACCUUAGGUGUAAAAGGGACAGCACUGGGUCGGUUACUCUAGCAGGACCUGGUAUAAAAUGGGAGGACCCUCAAUGGGAAGGCAAACCUCUCCAUCGAGAGUAGUGCAUCAUAAAAAUAAAGUAAUACUGAAAUUAAACAGAUUUAUACUCAAAGUAAAACAAAUCCAGAGUGCUAGGCCUUGUGUUUGUAGCUUAAGGGAGAGGGAUGUUCCAUGAUGGCUAUGACUAGUGGGGCGGUGAGGGGAUAUUAGGACACUUAGACCGAGCAGUCUGCAUGAAUCGGCAAAGGAAACAUGUGUUGCCCCUUGUGGGAAAAAUGGGGUGAUUCUUGCCAGAUCCCAGGUGUGGGAUGAGGGCGUAUUAGCGUGAGUCCUUGCCUGGGUAAGUGUAUUCCCAAAUCCUGCAGUAGUACUCUUGGAUAAGACCUCAGGAUUGGUGCCAGCGGUAAAAGACUGUCAACCUACGUCAGGCCAGAGUGCCAUUCAAUAAGUAGACAUAGAAUGAUACUUCCAUGUUUUCAAAUUGGAAAGGUGAUUUUCCCUUCAAGGCGGUGAGGACUGCAGCUUUAUCUUUCCAAUUGUGGAAGGUAACUAUUAAGUCUUUUGAGUCUUAGCAGGUUUGGGGUGGUAGCUUUGACCUGCAGAGAUGGUAGCAAGGCUGUCAGCAGUGAAAUCCAGACGGCCAGACGUGGUCGCCCUAGAAGUGCCCAACAGAGGGUUUGAACCUGGGUUGUUCGUGUCCUGGACCCGUUAUAAUGCCUCUAAGCCACAGCAGAUUCUGUUCCUUUGCAUAGGUUCUAUCUUUGUUAUUCCUGGCUUUGUCUGCAGCACUGGGAGCUGGACUCCAUAUGUGGCUGAUACCUGUGCUUCACCUGAGGCAGAAAGCUAAUCAACCAGGUAUUUAAACACUGCCUUGCCCUAGGAACUUUGUCAGUUCUUUGAUUCUGGUGAUUGUGUGUUGUUCCUGUUUUGUCUCCUGAUACUUGUUCUCCAUAUUGACCCCGGCUCCUGACCUUGGCUUUUCUCCUUGUUUAUCCUGACCUCAGCUUAUCCAUGACUAUCCUCCUGCUUUUGUCCUUGCCUGUACUGCGACUUGGAGCACCUUUCAUGCACAGCCCCUGUGCACAGAUUCACAGUCCUGGUGGUUUCCAAUCUUAUUACCUUGGACUAUGUAUAUCUGCAAGGGUGAGCACAAAUCUCUGCCUACCAAACUCACACCUCAGGUAAGACCCUGAAACAUUUGUGUAUCAAGUUCUGCUGCUUCAGAUCAUUCACAGCCUGUUGGACUAGGACAAUAUGCUGGGUAUUUGAUUGGGAAGUGCUCCUGCAGGUCACCUCGGAUACAUCUGCCAAGAUGUUCUUUUGCAUGUCCACCAGUAGUGCUUUUAGGAUUGAAGUGGUUAUCGGAGAGGAGUCUGGUCCUGUCCUGCUCUGUCUGGCCAUCGGCGCUGCAGCGGGUAAGAAAUCUUCCUCAGCGUCACCUGAAAACUCGUCUGAGAAAUCUGAACAGCUGCCUGAUCUUGGGCCCACUGGCGCCAUGUGCUUGCUUCCACAGGUCUCUGAUAGUCAGUCCCAGGGUAGGCUUAUCUGGCAUCAGUUUUUUGGAUCUGUGCUCCAUGUUGGUCAUUAUGUCCAGGUGGACCCCUCCCGCCAGGUAUGGAGUGUAAGGGCUCAAAAUAGUCAUAGUUUUGCCGCUGAAAGCAUGGAGCUACAAGCUAGUGCCACUGCUCGCUUCCGUGGUCAGGAUCGGCCCUAUUUCCUCCAAUUUAUGUGGAGUGUAAGGCCCUCAUUAGAAUAUAUAUAGGUGUAAUUUGUAUAUUAUGUGUGCAUUAGGCAUUUAUACAUGUAUACUAAUGUAUGUACCUUAUAUUAAAGUGGCUGUCACCUUUGGGAGUUUUUUGGGGGGUGCAGAAUUUUCUUUCUUCAACCUCUGGCACUUCAUCUGGCAGGAGCCCUAUCAGCGGUGGGUGCAUGCACAAGAGUACAACACUGAUGUCUAUGAAGGAUGCCGUAAAACUGCAAGACACUCCAUAGAUCCUCUCAGUAGACACAGCUAUGGAAGCUCCAUAUUUUUAUUUCUCCACUCAGGCUUACAUGUAAACAGACACACACAUACAGACCUAUAGAUACACACUGACAAACACAAACAAUAACUGAUACGCACACAGACCUAUGUAGACAAACACUGAUCUACACACUGACAAAUAAACACAAACAAUAACAGACACACUGACCUACAUACUGACAUAGUUACAUAGUUAGUUACAUAGCUGAAAAGAGACUUGCGUCCAUCAAGUUCAGCCUUCCUCACAUUUGUUUUUGCUGUUGAUCCAAAAGAAGGCAACAAACCUGGUUUGAAGCGCUUCCAAUUUGGCAACAAACUAGGAAAGAAUUCCUGCUUGACCUGAAAAUAACAGUGAGAUGUCUCCUUGGAUAAAGCAGCUAUUACCCCACUAAUUAGAAAUUAUAUCCCUGUAUGUUAUGUUUUUGUAAGUAUUUAUCCAACUGCAGUUUAAACAUCUGUAUGGACUCUGACAAAACCACCUCUUCGGGCAUUGAAUUCUAUAUCCUUAUUACUCUUACUGUAAAUAAACCUUUCCUUUGCCUUAGAUUAAAUCUCCUUUCUUUCAGCCUAAAUGUGUGACCUCGUGUCCUAUGUAUAGCCCUGUUUAUGAAUAGACUUCAAGAUAAUGGUUUGUACUGGCCCCAGAUAUAUUUGUAUAAUGUUAUCAUAUCCCCUAUGACGCCAUUUUUCCAAACUAAAGAGAUUUACAUUUUUUUAACCUUUCUUCAUAACUAAAAUGCUCCAUUCCUUUUAUCAAUUUUGUAGCUCGUCUCUGCACUUUUUCUAGUGCCAUAAUAUCUUUCUUCAGAACAGGUGCCCAAAAUUGCACAGCAUAUUUAAGGUGUGGUCUUACCAGCGAAUUAUAAAGAGGCAAAAUUAUAUUUUUAUCCUGAGAAUUUAUGCCCCUAUUUAUACAUGACAAAACCUUACUGGCCUUUGGAACUGCUGAUUUACAUUGCAUAUUGCUGCCUAAUUUGUUGUCUAUAACAAUUCCCAAAUCCUUCUCGUGUGUGGUUAUCCCCAAUUUGCUACCAUUUAGGGUGUAAAUUGCUUGUGCAUUCUUGACCAUGAAAUGCAUAACUUUGCAUUUCUCUACGUUAAAUUGAAUCUGCCAUUUUAGUGCCCAGUCCCCCAAUCUAUCCAAAUCCCUCUGCAGCAAAGCAAUAUCCUGCUGACAAAUAAAUACAAACAAUAACUGAUAUAUACACACACACACACACACACACACAGACCUGUAUAGACACACACUUACCUACACACUGACAAAUAAACACAAACACUCACUGGUACAUACACUGACCUGUGCAAUAAUCAUGCUGUCUAAUCAGCAUCUUGAUAUGCUACACCUGUGAGGUGGAUGGAUUAUCUCGGUAAAGGAGACGUGCUCACUAACACAGAUUUAGACAGAUUUGUGAACAAUAUUUGGGAGAAAUAGGCCUUUUGUGUACAUAGAAAAAGUCUUAAAUCUUUGAGUUCAGCUCAUGAAAAAUGGGGGCAAAAACAAGUGUUGCGUUUAUAAUUUUGUUCAGUGUAGGUCACAGCUUGGAAAGUGCUGCCCAUCAGUAUGUAGGAAUCAUGUAUAAUGUGGGGAAAUCAAGUCAUUAAUCGAUGAGGAAUUGUCAUUUAGGAACCUGGAAAAAAGGGUCGUAGCCUUAAAUGGCCCAUAAUUCAUUCAUAGUGUUAAAUGGCCGCGCUCUCAGUAAUUUGACCAAACUACGCAAUGAUUCCGUCUUCGUUUUGUAUUAUUUAUACAUUUUAUCGAUCAGCUGAAUGAAACACAAACUGAAACUUAGUUUGAUUUAUUUUUCGAGUAAUGGUUGUACUAGGCAUUUAACCUUUAUUGAUCAACUCAGAACAAACGUAUUUACUGUAAGAUUCAGUUGAUAUGAACCCGGCACCACGUAACACGGACUGUCAAAACUGCUUAGUUCACUUGGUAAAUUCUGGGGAUUGAAGUUCUCUAUAGGAAUGUGUGAUCUUAAAACAGAUUUACAUUAUUUUACUAAUGGCAACCCAGGGCAGGCGGUUUUAGGAAAUUACCAGGAAAUAAACAAGACUACACAUUAGUUUCUUCCCACUUCCUGUUAUUUAUUGAAAUAACUAAUUUAACAUGCCUGUUAAUAGAACUAGAUUUGUAAAUUCAUAAAAUAAAUAUACCUAAUUACUGAAAUCAGUCUUUUCCGAUAAGUCCUUCCCGUCUCUUUUCUUAGCCAGUUUUGUGAUUGGCGUGUCACUGAUUGGCUGACCGCUCUCAGCCAGUCAGCGGCACCCCUGUCUAGUGGCACUUCACUCUUCCUGAAAUGGCAUUCAGAAGCCAGAUGCCACCUGGGGGGAGUGGACACCACCGCUUGAAGCAAUUUAGGAGUUAAACUGUUCGAGAACAGUAUAACCCCUUGAGGUAUUAGUGCCCCUGGGGUUUCCUGACACCAUAACAACUUAAUUUAGAUUAAGUUGUUUUGGUGCCUGUAAUGAACCUUUAAUAUGAUAAAUCUUUUAGUUUUGUAAUAUUUUUGAAAUAUUGUGACAUCAUUUUAUAUAUGAUAUAUUUUUUAGAUAUUUUAACAUUUAAAAAAAAAUAAUAAUUGUAAUUGUUUACAUAUUAAAUCAUUAUAAAAAGCUUAUCCAACAAUGUUAAAUCAAGGCUCAUAUCUUGGGGGAAAACUGUAUUUAAAAUAAAUAAAUAAAUAAAUAAAGUAUUUUACAUUUGGUUUAGUCCUGUUUGUGUCUCUACUAAAUAUUUGGUUUAACAUUAUUUGUUGCACAUGGUGACAUAGUAGAUAUUUUAUAAUAUAAAAAUAUAGUAAAAACAGAUGUUAGUUACCAUGAUAUGGGGGUUACUUACCUUUUCGGAUUAUAAAAUUAGCAAAUAGUUUGUCAACUCGUGGCAGCUCACAGUUUAGCAAGUUGGCCACUUUAUUGUAUUACUUCAUUUUAUUUUAAUAGGGUGCGGCUCCCCCGGCUCGUCUAAAGUAUGUACAACCCACCUGGUAAAUGAGCCGGACGCUCUUUCUACGGAGGAUGUCGAUGUUCCUGAAUAAACCAAAAGGAAAUGGCCGCCUUCCUCAGUAACACAGGAAGUCCCAAAUUCAUCCUUAGACCUUUAAUGUAAAUCUGCUAUUAUUCCCUGUGAAUAGAAACCUCGUCUCAUGGUGAACUAUACAAACUGCGCACGCUGAGCGAGCUCUCGCUAAGAUAAUACAGAAAGGAAAAAUGAAGGAAUGAAUAUAAUAAACGUCUCUCUGUCUGAGCAGCUUGGGAUGUACGUACGAUAUUCUAUAUUCAUUUAUUAAUAAAAUAUUUUACCAGGAUGGAUACAUUGAGAUUUCUCUCGUUUUCAAGUAUGUCGUGGGCCCACAAACAUUGCAUCAUUACAAUAGGGUAAGAUAUAAUAUAAUAAAUACAAAGUGAUAUAAAAACACACAGUAUAUUAAAAAUACAAAGUAACAUUAAAAUACACAGUAUAUUAUAUAUACAAAGUGAUAUUAAAAUACACAGUAUAAUAUUAAAAAUACAAAGUAAUAUUUAAAGGGACACUGUAGCACCCUGACCACUUCAGCUCACUGAGGUGGUCUGGGUGCUGUGUCCAUUUUGCACCUACUACUGCAAUGUUGUUAUUAUUAUUAUUAUCAUCAUUUAUAUAGCGCCAACAGAUUCCGUAGCGCUUUACAAUAUUUUGAGAGGGGGGAUGUAACAAUAAAUAGGACAAUUACAAGAAAACUUACAGGAACAAUAGGUUGAAGAGGACCCUGCUCAAAUGAGCUUACAGACAAUGUUAAACUGUUUACAUUGCAGCUCUAAGUCUGCCCUCUGUGGCUGUCUAACAGACAGCCACUAAAGGGCUUCCGGAAUUCAAACAGACUUUUGGUCCGUUAUCUGACGCUGGACAUCCUCACAGACCUCCAGCGUCAGAUUUUCCCCAUAGGGAAGCAUUGAAUAAUGAUUUUCUAUGGGGAGGUCUAAUGGGAGCGCGGCCGUUGCUGCGCAUACGCAUUAGGUCUCCCCCGUCGGCUGACGUUGGUGGGGGAGGAGCAUAAGCGGAGCCUGACUCAGCGCAGAGGGACAUCAGCGUUGGAUUCAGCUAAGUGGCUGAAGGCAUUUUAACCCCUUCAGCCCCGCGGUAGGGGGGUCCCAAGGGAGGGGGGCACUGUAGAGAACUACGAUGCCAGGAAAAAAGGUUUGUUUUACCUUCACUAUAUGAUCCCUUUAAAUACACAUAUAUAUUCAGCACAGAACAAGUAAGAAAUAUAAUCAACCGUGAUUACAGGCGCAUUCUGUUCUGAGAUAUGUAUCUGAGGAUAUUCUUAAUAUCUAUCACUUUACCAUCUUACAUGAGUCAAAUCCAAUAUAAAUUCAUCCAUCAGGAUAUUAUGUAAUCUAAAGGCUCCCAUUGAAAAUGUAACUCGUUAUGGCUUAGAGAGGCGUGCCUGACUGUUUUUUUUUUUUAUGUUUUAUUCAGUUACCUGGCAUGAAAGGUUAAUACAGCAUUAAUUGGGAUUUUGUCAUGUUUCCUAAGCAUUGGUUUCCGUUUCUGUGUUAUCUGAAUGAUGAUAUCAGUAUUAUCUAAUCAUUGGUUUCUAUCUUAUUCAUGAUAAUCUUAGUAUCUAAUCUAUGGGGGCACUGGUUAGAUGGACCAGUGAAGCUAUUGCCCGAAUUACUGGUGGUCAGCCUGACUUGAAUGCACGCCAGUCUGCUCGCCAAUCAAGCAGGGCAGCCUACUGAGAGUAGUACUAGCAGGGAGCAAUUUUCAAAUCCCUUGUGUCCUGGAAAGCAGGGAACAAAUUUGAGACAGCAGGACAGAACCUGAAAAUUGGGACUGCUCCACUGAAACUGGGCAGGUUGGGAGGUAUCAAUGGUGUGGGUAUCCGUGGUACCUGAUCAGUCAGUUCAGGGUUAUUAAAUGUAUUAGAGUCACACAUAGAGAGACGCAAGGUUGUCCUCCCUUUAGGUGCCUGUCUUUUUUUGGGUGAGCUCCUCUGGCGGAAUGUAAAGAUAAUGACAAAUGGCCACUGGAACUGCUUAACCUUAUGAUGACGAUGUAGUGUUUUUAUUUCUCUUUUUAACUAAUCUACUUGUUCGUUGUAAAAAUUAAUCAAGCUGAAAUAAUCUUUAAUAAAACAAGUAUCUUUCAUGAUUCUGAAUUUAUUAAAUGUUCCAAUUCUAACAUUUGGUGCACAUGUUCAAGAAAUGUGCCGAGCGUUCUUAUGAGUUACUGGGGGUGUAGCUAUAAAGAGUUUUGGGGGUCCAUGUUAUCUACAUUUAUAUCUGUACAUGAUGGAGAAGCAGGGAUAUGGAUAAUCUGUGUCACCAGUAGUACAGAUCCCUCUAAAUAGCUCUAAAUCUUCUAGAAAAAAGAUGAUUAAUGGGAAAAAUAGAUGAUUGAUGGUUAGGUGAACGCCACUAAAUGCUGUUUAUAUUCACAGAUCAAGUAAAGCGACCAAAAGGGGGAGUAGUACAAAAAAAAAUCUAUAUUUGUACAUUAUAUAAUGGUGGGAAAAUGACAUUAUAUUCAGAAUUUGCAAUGCACUGAUUGACCCAUUUCCACGCCCUUUUGUUUUCCUGAAACGAUUGCAUGGACCAACUUUACCUGAAUCAAAAUGCCCUAUGAACAAAUUUCAGACCACGGGGAAAAAGUUUUUUUUUUUUCAAUUUGACCAUUUUUAUUAUUUUCAGGAUACAGAAAUGAAAAAGGUUUUUUUUUGACAAACUGAUUUGACUGAACAAAAUUUUUUCACUGUACACAACCUGUACUAGACUUGUCAUAGCAGAAAAAUGUGGUUGACCAAAUAAAUCUAUUCGCCUGGAAAAAUUUGGAGGAAUUCCCGAUCAUCCAAACUUUGUGACAGAAUGCACAAGACUAAUCUGUAGCAUCAUGGAGUCCUGAUCUUUUAUUCUCCCCGCUAACUCUAUCCCUGCCACCCCAGAGAGAUAUUCAGAGAAGGGUUAUAGUAUGGAUGUAACAACCCCCUGUAAGAGUAGGUUAGAAUAAAUGAUGGCAUCUCAGAGAAUGUAUUCAUAGGACCCCCACAUUGUGAUUAAAGGGACACUAUAGUUACCAGCACCACCACAGCUUAAUGUACUUGUUAUGGUGUCUAUAGCCUGUCCCUGCAGGCUUUACAAUGUAAACACUGCCUUUUCUGAAAAAAUGGCAGUGCUUUAAUUUCUGCAUAGUAACACUCUAGUGGCAGUCAAUAAAUGGCCAGUAGAGGUGCUUUCUAUCUCAGUGCUGUACUGAAUCAAUGCAUCUCUAUGAGGAGAUGUUAAUUGGUGCAGUGUAUUGUAGCACAUGCACAACAGCCUCCCAAUGCUUUCUUAUGGGAAAGCAUUGGAUUGGCUGAGAUCAUCAAGACUGAUGAUCUCAGCCAUUGAGGCGGUGCCAGCCACAGCAAGAUCACUGCGUUGGGGUAGAAAAGGCGAGUAAAAUCACCUCUUCCAUGCGAUCUUAGGGGGGCCAGGGACAUAAAUAGAUGGUAAACCAUAUAGUGCCAGCAUACAUGUUUGUUUUCCCAGUGUUCCUGUAAGUAAUGAUUAGACUGAAUGGCACACAUGUCUGAAAAUCUUUGUGGAUUGAUACAGUUUUUUUUACUGUAAGAACAAUAAGGAUUUCUCUGCCUGAAGAAGUGGUUUUAUCAGAGUCCGUACAAAUGUUCAAACAGCUACUAGAUGCAUACUUGCAAAAACAGAAUAUUCAAGGAUAUAAUCUUUCAAUGUAGGGUAAUAACUGCUUGAUCCAAGGAUAAAUCUGACUGCCAUUCUGGGGUCAAGAAGGAAUUUUUUUCCUAGCUUGUUGCAAAAUUGGAAGUGCUUCAAACUGUUUUUUUGGGGUUUUUUGCCUUCUUUUGGAUCAACCGCAAAAAACAAAAUGUGAGAAAGGCUGAACUUGAUGGACGCAAGUCUCUUUUCAGCUAUGUAACUAUGUAACAUACUUUGUUUCAUAGAAUUAGCCUUAAACGUGUCAGGAGCUCCCAUUCUCUUAGACUCGCUGUGACUUACAUACCGAUCCAGCCCCACCCUCCACUCUAUCUGCUGAUAAGGUACAGAUAGCAAAUACCUUUGUCACCCACGGUUUAACUGUCUCAUAGACUGAGAUGCCACUUUAAAUACAUUAAAACUCACAAACCACAUUCUUUUAAAACACUUUACACUCUCUCCUUCUGUGAGCUGAUCCAGACUUUCUUACUUAAUUGAAAUGGUUAAAAGUCUUCCAGGAAGAGGUGGGAUAUGACCAUUGAAAUGAAAGUAGAUUUUUAAAGCUUAUAUUUACAUUUAUAGAGGGAUUUGCUCCCGUCGAAUCCUGUAUUAGUUAAAAUAUCAGAUCUUCAGGGGGAAAAAAACCACUUGUGGGGUGAAGCUCCUAAAUAAGGGACUUCCAGUGACCGUCUUUUCUUCCCCCAGUAUUAUUGUAAAGGAUAAACGCAUUAUGAAAAAUGUCAAUUGUGUAAAUGCGCAUAAUUUAGUUAUUAGGUAUCCAUUAAAAACCAUUGAUAUACAAAGUACCAUGUAUCGAUUUAGAUUGUAAGCUCCUUUGAGCAGGUCCCUCGUCAUCUCUAACCCGCUGUGCAGCGCUGCAGAAAAUGUAUGUAAUAAUAAACAAAUAAAUGCGAUUGAUUUUUUUUUUUAAUGUAAAGAACUUAGCAGUGAAGGGGUUACAGCAGUUGACUUAAUAUUGAUUCCAACUAAGACUUUUGUCAAUAAAUGGUGUUAAAUCUGAUCUAGUGAUUUUAUCCUUCGAUUGCAGCACACGUACCCCUAAACUCUGUUUUAGGGUCCUAUAUUGUGAUUAAACCCUUUCAUUGUAUAUAGGACACCCUUUAGGGCGAAUCAAUGGAUUGACUUCCCGCCACUUUGUAACGUAUUGUUGAAUAACUGACAGUGUAAUAAGGUUCAGUUUCGACGAUUUCCUGGUCUUCUCACGAGGUUGGUUAAUUAUUAACAUUUUCCAGAGCUUCACAGCUCUCCACCCGUUCAGGGGAAUAAUAUUUUAUCAGUGCUUCGGAAACACAUUUCCCUCACUUCAGAAGCUGCGGUGCCAGAUACAUAAUUAACACCUGCCCAGUUCUCGCCUUAGAAACUGACUUUUUAAAAUGUUUCUGCUAAAAUUAAAGUUUGUUUAAAUGGAUGCACAGCUAACGUAUAACGGCAAGUUAUUUGUAACUUUGCAUUUUAUUUGUUUUUUUCGCACAGUGCUGAAUAUCAGAAUGAAAUCCACCAGGAUCUUGUGGAGGUGUGAAUCCAGGACUAUCGGAUACUAGUGAGAAGGACCUAUUCUGGAUCCGAGAUUCUGGAUCCGUGUUCCUUCCAGUCAUGUCUGGUGAGUAGAUGGCUCCUGUCUGCGUGGAUGUUGAAGGGUACACAUGGAACAGACUGAGUGUAGUUUGGGAUCCAGCCGAAAAGUUCACAUUUCAAGAGAGUAUCUCUGCCUGUUACAUUUCCCUCAUUAGUAAUGUUUAUUGAGAUGUCUUUGAAAUGUUUCAGUGGAUCAAAGGCCAUUCAUUGUCGUGGUACAGUAUUUCUGAAGACUGUUUGCCCUAUACGCUGUGUAGGACGAGGCGGUUAAUGGGAAACUCCCGCUGUAGUAGAACACCAACCUCCAUUGUGCUGUGCCAGGUACGGGAGGUGGUAUUUCUGCAACAUCUGCGAAUCUACCUUUGGACGCCUCCUACUGCAGGAUUUUCAGAAAAAUCAGUGGCCAUGUUUCAACCCUCCUGGGUCUGUUUUAAAAUUACCUGCAAGUUUAAUUUCUUCUGGCUGUUGUCCUUUCUCCCUGUGAUCCUGGUCACCCCAUGACAGCCAUACAGAGGGAUCAUCAAAUACAGCAUUGUAUCGGACACGCAGAAACUUACUAAAGGAUUAGACAGAAGUGCGUUGCUAAAUCAUGCUGCAAAUGGGGGUUACGGGGGAACGUCUUGAGCCUGGGUACUGGUAUUGGCGUGCACAAGCACAAAAAAUAAUAUAUAAACACGGAGAUACAAGUAAUAUGUGAGAAGCAACACAGUGAGGGGUCAAGUAGAUAAAAAUAUUACCCCUAUACAUUCUCAAUCUGUAGAAACAUUAGGACUCUUCCAUGUCCUCAACAAGACAUACAAUAAAAACAAUCUACAGAAAGGAUGGAGAUUAAAAAAAAAAAGGAAAAUCCUCAUAUUAAUAUUAUUGUACAAACUAAAAAUAUAUAGUGAAAUGCACUCACAAACCACCAUCAUCAGUAAAAUCCGCAGCCGGUACUUAUAUCUUCAGAGCAAUGGUUGAUCAUGCAAAGAAAAGAGAGCAAGACAUGGUGCAGAGUUCCUUGAUAAAAUCAUAUAUUAAAUUCCAAACGCACCAAUUACAAAACACAAAAAAAACUCGAGGCAAAUCAACAAGACAUCAAAGCAAUGAGUCCUUCUGUUACCAGGGGAAAUCAUCUUACUCCGCCAGAAUAUAUAAACAAAUAAAAAAACAUCAACAAAAUUAAAAAUCAGAAUAGAAAACUCUGCUGGGUUUAGAGCCCUACGCGUUUUGUCCGAUUCAGCUCGGACAUCCUCAGGGCCAUAAAGAUCCAUCUGCUUCUCUUUAGAGCAGCAUGCCCUCAGUCUACACAGGUCCGGUUUUUAAACCUAAAGGGAGGCUCCCGCCGGCUGCCAUCAGCCAAUCUGUGUGGGGAGUUUUUUUGUCUCCGUUCUGUAGAUGGCUUUUAUUGUAUUUCUGAUUGAUGUGAACACCAUUACAUGCCAAUUGUAAGGUGAUCGAGAGAUUAACAAUAAAUCAUGUGUCACAUUGUAACAAGACCUAUGUGUCAAUGGAAAAUCUAGUGGUUCAUUCAAUGAACUGUAAGUUCUAAGUCAACAACUACAUCUAGCGUUUGUCAGCUGCAGUAUUCAAAUCGGGUUAAAAUGUCCAUCCACGAGCUGGCUAUAGCUAACUCUUUAGUAAAUAAGACUAGUAGUUCAUUUUCUGCUGGAAAUCCAUGAAUAUUACUAUUUGCGGAAAUAUUUGCAUUUCUGUGGCUUUCUGUAAUCGUGUGAAGCCAUAGUGAAACCAUUUUUAUGUCCAUGUGCGUACGGACUGUACUAGCCAUUAGUGGCUGGCUCAGGGUUAUAGGAGUCACAGCUCAGCCAGGCUUUGAGCAGGGUAUUGAUAUUUUAUUUGGAUACUAAAUAACCCUGCAGUUUAUAUUACACGAUUCCCACAUGUUGGGGCAUCAUUUUGUAUACAGAGACGCACAGUAACAUGUAUGACAAACAGACUAAUUCAGGGGUAGGCAACGUUCAGCUCUCCAGAUGUUAUGGACUACAUCUCCCACAAUGCUGUUACAGCCAUAAUGCUGGCAAAGCAUCAUGGGAGCUAUAGUCCAAAACAUCUGGAGUGCUGAAGGUUGCCAAUCCCUGGACUAACAAAAUACCUUUAAUUGAUCACAAAAAUAUGCCAUUACGCCCAGACAAUGAUGUUUGAACAUGGGGACUCGAUUGGAAGCGAGGGCGGGCUAAAUAGGCUGCGGAGGUGGAGCUAAUUGCCUCUACACUGCCCAAUUAUGCUGCACACCGGAAGCAGGAAGGAGUUCCUGCUUCCACAAUUGCUACACAGGGACUGCAAAACUCCACUCCUCCCCCUCCAGAGCAUAAUGGAAAAAGGGACCUGUGUGUGUGUGUCUGUCUGUUACUGUGUGUGUGUGUGACUGUUUGCCUGUAACUGUGUGUGUGUGGCUGUUGCCUGUAACUGUGUGUGUGUGACUGCCUGUAACUGUACGUGUGUGACUGUUUGCUUGUGACUGUGUAUGUGUGUGUGUGACUGUCUGUAACUGUGUGUGUCUGCCUGUAACUGUGUGUGUGUGUGAGUGCAUGACUGUAUGUAGCGCUGUGUGUGUGUGUGUGUGUCUGUGUGUGUGAGAGACUAUCUGCCUGUAACUGUGUAUAUGUGUCACAGCCUCUGACUGUCUGCCUGUGACUGUAUGUGGCUGCCUGUAACUGUGUGACUGUAUGCGUGCGACUUACAGACUGUAACUGUGUGUUUGACUGUGUGCAAGUGACUAUGCGCCUGGGACUAUGUAUUGGAAAGUCUGUGAUUGGACAGCCACAGAAAGUCUGGGAGGGGAUAGAAUGCAUCUAUGGUUUAAUUGGGGGUAUAUCUACCAAAACAGUGAUUUAUUUUUUUUAAAUGUAUUUAUUUUUAUUGAUUUGGGCAGUGGCAUAUCCCUUUAAAAUAAUAUCAGUGGAUCCUGAGUUGCCGUUUAGUGUAAUCUUUAUUUAUUUUCGGAUGUCUUUUCAUUUGUUCAAAUUUGGGCCCUGGCAGGAUUAGAAUUGCCAUAAGACUAAAUGAUAACCACACGUGCAAGAGGGAAAAACCCAUAUUUUAAUUAUUUUCAGUUUGAAAUAUUGUGUUUCCAUAAUUUAGAAUUACCAGAAUUCUCUGUAAUUAUACAAAUAAGAGAAUCUGACAUUGUCAGUUUUUAGAUGAUAAAGUUACAUUUUUACAGGAUGGUUUCUCAAUGCUCCUUAUAUUAUAACACAUUGUUUUUCAGUUGCCAUUUGUAGGAUUUAAUGUAAGAAUGUCAUCUUUGGAGAGAUAUUUUACUCUCACUGGACUUGUCGGCAUGUCACUGGCUUUUGGUCAGUCCUGUUUCUCUGACAUCAAGCAAGGCUCGGCUAAGGUUGUGAUGAAAUGAGGGAAUUACCAAAAACUCCCAUCAAUAAAUUCUCACAUAAACUGCUUCACCGAAAAUACAAAUCCGGAGGGAAACCAUAUUGAAUACUAUGCGCAUGUAUCUUAUUAAGAUGGAAGGUCACAGGAUCUAUAGAAUCUUGUUUCCUGAAGGUUAAUGUGAGGAUGGAACAUCUGGUUCCUCUGUUUCCUGUUGUCGUAAUUUGUAACCGUGACACUCAUAUGUCUAAUUAGUAUGAAUAUACAUCUACAGUAAGAAUCUAUGUUAAGGAUCACUGGUGUGUGUCGAUUAUCGCAUAGAUUAUAAAUCUAUUACUGAUACAUUUAUCUUUUUGAAUUGAUAGUUUUAUGUAAUUUUAAAUAUACUUUUCUUUUUUUCUUCAGAUCUCCUUCUUCUACCAGAGACAUUGUUUCUGUGGUUGCUAAUUGUUUGUGCAAGGACUGAGUUGAUCCAGGACAAUCCAUGUAACAACUGCACUGUCCUAGACAAUCCGGCCGACUGGUCCUCUUUGCGGUCAGACCACUGCUGUGUGAAGCUCGAUCUCUCUGUCGACACCAUGGAUUGGAACAUCUUCACUGGACUCUCCAGCCUUCGGGUGCUCCAUCUCUCUAGCUCUGGGAUUUUCGAGAUCACCGACGUGGAAGGAGGGAGAAUUCCGACACAUGUUGAGUAUCUUUAUAUGGAUCACAAUCAUUUGAGAGAACUUCCUGAUGGUUUCCUUAGCAAUGCACCUAACCUAAAGGUGCUUCACCUCAACUUUAACAAACUGCAUCACCUCCCCAAAAACUUCCUGCUUGUCUCCAACCAGAUAGAGGAGAUAGACCUUAGUUAUAACAAACUGACUUCACUACCACCGAGUAUACUCAAGCCUUCCCUCUCUGCUCUUGGCUUUGUCAACAACAGCUUAGAGUGUACCUGUGCCUUGUACGACCAGUUGGAGCCACACUUCCAUAAUAAUGACAGCAGGAAGUUACUGGAAGAAGUGGUUUGUACUUUGCCGAGAGAUGAUAAUGGAUCGAAGCUCAGAGAUCUGAAGAGGAGCAGCCUCUGCAGGUCCCAUAGUUUAACUGUGGUCCUUAUCUGCAUUCCCAUUCUGGUAGUGUUAGGGAUUAUGUGUUGGUAUUUAUGCUGCCGUCGGCAAAAGGGUGGUUAUGCCAACACAAGGCAAGAGAGCAGCCUAGUGACUGUGGACCGUAAUGGUGCUGGAAAUGUGGGUGAUUACCAUCACUAUGAACCAAGACAACAUUUUCAAAAAGACAGAAAGGCAGUAGAAAUAAACCAGGUGAAUGAUCCAAUCUUGUUGAAGCCUUCUGCAGCUCUAUUGGGCAGCAGCCGGGAUCUCUAUGAAGAGGUGGAAAUCAAACUUGGGACCUCUGCAGAUCACCUGGUAGAGAAAGAUGGUCAGGUCAAUCAUGAGAGCCCUGGUUUGAUGCUGGCGGUUGAGAAGGAAGAGGAUGAAGUUUCUAAGGCAGGAGAAGAUCCAGAAGUGGAAACAGUGAGUGUGACAGAUGUAAUGAAGGACUCAACAGACCGAGAGAAACUUUACUUGAGCCAGGCUACGGACUAUUAUAGCUUGGUGCCUGAAAUAGAGCUGGAAGACUCUGAUCAUUGUGAAUAUGAAAGUGUGGACCUUUCAUGAGAAGAAGUUCUUCAGCCAGUGGCCUAAUGAUCAUUUAAAUCGAGCAGAUCAUAAGAGUACAGAACAAGCCAACAUGACAAUAACCUGCUAUCUCCAGAAUCUUAAUGGAGUACAGGCAUUACACAAAGAUUCUCUGAGGUUUUUAAAAAAUAAAUAAAGGAUAAGCCUACAUCAGCCCUUUCUGGUUUGGAACGGAACUGGGGUCAUGGGUCAGGUAUCAAUUACAGGGCUCCAUUACACGAUUUACUCCUCCACUCCAUUUCUGUAGCAGAAUCACCCACAACCCAAUGGCAAUAUCGAGCAUGAUUCAUGUCCUCUGAAUGGAAGUGGUAAAUCAUGUAUUGUUACAUUAUAAUUAUCUCUGGAAGGCAAAAUGUAUCUCACUAUUAUACUCCGUUUCUGACAUGAAGACCAGUAAUCUAAGCUUGGAUAAUUCCGAGUGUGAAACAUUACAUUUACCUAUAACAUGCUUGUAUCAUGUCAAGCACAGCUACAGUUAUAGGGCUAAUGAUACAAAGUGACCAUUCAGACCCUUAGCAGAACAACAUACCUCACUCAUAGCAUUCCUCUCAAAAACAAUUAAUCAAUUUUAACGGGAGAUACAUUUAAAAAAAACAAUUGUGGUCUCUUAUAUCACAACAUUAAAGCAAAAAAAAUGUUGUAAGAUUAUUUUUAUAUCACAAAAUUAUAUUAUAAUUUCAGUUUGCAGUUGAGCAGAUAAAGAAAGAUUUGUAACUUAUGGACCAGGUGACAAGGCAGAAGGAUGAGGAGACAGGACUGCAAUCAUUUAACAACAACUUACUGAAGUAUAUUCUAAGAUCUCAGCUACCAAUUGUCUUACUAUCUCCAGACCCAAUGUCUGCGUUUGUUUAUUUCAUAAUACAGUAUUUCAUUUAGUAAGUAGUAAAAUAUCUCCAAUAUUCAUUCACAGGUGGUCUUGGAAUUAGUACAACAUUAAUUGAAAAACAUUCUUAGGAGGGUAUUGUGAAAGGUAUCUUUUAAUGAGAUGUUACACUGGUCGAACUUUUAUCACUAACUUUAAACUUUUAUAUUUGUAUUUUCACUGAAACAGUUUUGUAUACAUGUUGCUUUGUUUGUAACUUACAACUACUGACACUGCUACACUGUUACUGACGGGGAGCUUAGCCUUUUAUUGUCCCCUGAAAGUCAGCUUAUCAGUGCCUUAUUGCUGGAAUGCACUUCGAAGUGUCUGUGUUUGGGUGUGCUCCUAGUGGGCAGUGCUUGGAUAAAUGGUAAAUGCAAAUGGACUUCUUCCCAUGAUCCUCUGGUACAAAUAUAUUUUAUCACUGCACCAAUACCAUUUUUAUUUAAUUGUUACCAGUGGGUUCUCUCUACCUUCAGUCACAGAUUACAAACCAAACUAACAGAAAUAUAGGGAUGUAAAAUCAGGGGAAAGUAGUGAAGUAAAUUAAGUUGCACAAAAAUGACAAGAUGUCAGAAUGUUUAUUAAUUAAAAUAUAUAAAAACAGACAUUUCGAUAAAGAGAAUUAUUUACAUGAGAAAUGGUUAUUUCUGAAUUCAGAAUUUCUGUUUUGUAUUGUGAGUGCCCCAAAUGAUUGUUUGCCAGCCCACUGUGCUUAGUUAUACUGUAGCUGCAGUUUUACGUUUUGUUUCUGCAUCAAAGUGAUAAAGCUAAAGAUCGAAAUAAAGAAAAAAAAAAAAUUAAACUAUAUAUUUUGUGGCAAUAUAGCACACGCAAUGUAAUGCUCUACAGAGUGAUAUUAUGUACCGUCAUGUAGCACACACUCUGUUCCAGUAUGUUCCCCUCUGACCCUCGUGGUAACGUCACACAAUCGAAAUGUCUGAAAUAGAAGUACCAGGAUGAGGUGACUUUUGGGGUGCUAAGUAAACACUAACAGGGUUAUUUACUUAACUGAGAAUUCAAAGUGAAUUUCAAAUUUAAGGUCCGAUUAGCCGAAUAGAAAGAAUUUUUCCAGUUCACUAAUUUUUUAACCUUCCGUUUAAAAUUCACCUUGAAUUCUCACGUUAGUGAAUAGCCCUGUAUGAUUGUGUGAAAUUGUUAUUGUAAAGGCUGUACAGUAUUUGAACGACAUAUAUUUAACUAAAAGUACAUUACAAGAACAGAUAUAUCAGACACAAUCUGUUCAGAAUGCUUGGUUUAGUGGGACACCGAUUUCCCAAGCUGAGAGUUAUAUUGGCCUCUAUCUGCUGCCAAAACCUACGUAUCGGGAAGGCGGGCGGGGGGAAUGUCGCUGCUGAUUGCACCAUUUAUAGAAAUGUUAAAGACAGCUGUUAUUUAUAAAUAAUUUCCUGAAUUUCCACAUCAUUUGGAAAAUAAAACCAAAAAUGGGAAAUAGUGCCCAUCAUACAGAAUACGUUGACGCCAAUAAAAUAUAGGUAAAAAUGUGUGCAUGAAAUGUAAAUAGCUUGUAACAGAGCUUCCUUAGGAAGAUUAAAGGAUCACUAUAGGGUCAGGAACACAAACAUGUAUUCCCGAUCCUAUAGUGUUUAACCCACCAUUUAGGUGGCUUGCCUCCCCACAGCCCCCCUAUAAAAGUUUAAAACUCACCUUAUUUCCAGCGCCGCACUGGGUCCACCUCCUUUGUGACAUCAUCAAAAUGGCAGAUUUUUAGCCAAUCCAAAGCUUUCCCACUGGGAAAGCAUUGGAUUGACUAAAAACGGCACGAGGAUGGGCCAAAUGCUGUUUUGGUCAAUCAGGACCUCCUCAUAGAGAUGCAUCAAUGCAUCUCUGUGAGGAAAAUUCAGCGUCUCCAUGCAGAGCGUAGGGAUGCUGAAUGGCAGGGCUGCUUACUGUGCAGCACUGAUUCUAGAAGCACCUCCUAUGGCCAUCUGAGGAGUGGCCACUUGGAGGUGUCCCUAGGUGCAAUGUAAACACUGCCUUUUCUCUAAAAAAAAAACUGUUUGCAUGAAAAUGCCUGAAGGGAGCUUUUAUACUCACCAGAACAACUACAUUAAGCUGUAGUUGUUCUAGUGACUAUAGUGUCCCUUUAAAGAGCACCUGUCAUGGGGCAGCACACCUGUUUUAUUUAAAUUGAGAGAAAGAACUAUGAUUCUAUACCUUGUGAUAACAGAAUUGUUAGAAAGGGUACAAGUUUUUCAAUAAAUGAACAAAAAGGAUAUGGUCCCUCCCCUCACUUGUCAAUUCCGCAGCACAGAAUCUCUGCCUACAGGUGGCUCUCCUGCUAUCUAUCACAGCAACUACAGUUCAUGUGCUGUAGUUGUUUUUGUUAUUUAUAAUAUAGCCUCACAGUAUCAUAGAGGAUAUCACUCUGGUCUGAUGCAGAUCCGCUGGCAAUGUUGCUAGCCUGUCUGCAUGAUGAGAGAGGUUUGUUGGGAACCAAGAGGGUAGGUGGGUGUUGAACCACUAGUGGGGGAGGGUUAGAUGUUACGUUGAUCUCCCAAUUUAAGUAUGGUUAGGAUCCAUUGAUGUCGGUGUACUUUAAACGCAUUGUGGGUGUAAUACAUAAAAUUUACUAGAUGCGCCUGUUUCAAACCAGCUGUGAAAUAUUUCAAACUCUAAUUUGUUUUCUCAUUGUGUAUUUUCAAUAUUCAGAAAAAUGAAAUACCUUAUAAAAUACAUAAUAAAAUUUCUGAAAGGGUGCGCACAUAAAGAAGUAUAGAAGAACUGACCUAGGACCACUGGAGUUUAAAUUUGUUGCUACUCUCACUGAUACCUAAACUCAGAAAUCUACGAAUGUUUUUUUUUAAACUUUUUUUUUUUUACAUUUUAUAUAUUUUUUUAACUUUUUACUAUUUUGUUGUUUUUUUAAAGGAAAUAUAGCACAUUUAAAGUAUAUUUCAUAUUUGUGAUCUUUUACUAUGACAUGAAUGAAUUACCUGCAGCCAGUAUAUUUAGUGCUGCAGAUUAAUUUUGAUAGAUAUGAGCAGACAGAACUGUUGCUGUUUAUUUUCACACAGUAGCGGUUUUAUAAAUGUACACCAGCUCUGAGAAAUCGAUUUGCCUGUUUGUCCCCAAUUUUGCCUUAUUAAAUUAAAUUUGCUAAAUUAGAACCAAAGAUGGCUGGGCUGGGAAUUCAAUUCUCUACAAUUCACUGUUUAAUAGAUAUCACCUAUAUUGUAUUUCAUGCACAAAAUGACAUAAAUAUACAGGUGAUACUCGAAAAAUUAGAAUAUCGUGCAAAAGUUCAUUUAUUUCAGUAAUGCAACGUAAAAGGGGAAACUAACAUAUGAGAUAUGAGAUUACAUGCAAAGCAAGAUAGUUCAAGCCGUGAUUUGUCAUAAAUGCGAUGAUUAUGGCUUACAGCUCAUGAAAACCCCAAAUCCACAAUCUCAGUAAAUUAGAAUAUUAUGAAAAGGUGCAAUAUUCUAGGCUCACAGUUCCCCACUCUAAUCAGCUAAGUAAGCCAUAACACCUGCAAAGGGUUUCUGAGCCUUUAAAUGGUCUCUCAGUCUGGUUCAGUAGGAAUCACAAUCAUGGGGAAGACUGGUGACCUGACAGUUGUACAGAAAACCAUCACUGACACCCUCCAUAAGGAGGGAAAGCCUCAAAAGGUAACUGCGAAGGAAGUUGGAUGUUCCCAAAGUGCUGUAUCAAAGCACAUUAAUAGAAAGUUAUGUGGAAGGGAAAAGUGUGGAAGAAAAAAGGUGCACAAGCAGCAGGGAUGACCGCAGCCUGGAGAGGAUUAUCAGGAAAAGGCCAUUCAAAAGUGUUGGGGACUUUCACAAGGCGUGGACUGAGGCUGGAGUCAGUGCAUCAAGAGCCACCACAUACAGACGGAUCCUGGACAUGGGCUUCAGAUGUCGUAUUCCUCGUCAAGCCGCUCCUGAACAACAAACAACGUCAGAAGCGUCUUACCCGGACUAAAGAAAAACAGACCUGGUCUGUUGCUCAGUGAUCCAAAGUCCUCUUUUCUGAUGAGAGCAACUUUUGCAUCUCAUUUGGAAACCAAAGACCCAGAGUCUGGAGGAAGAAUGGAGAGGCACACACUGCAAGAUGCUUGAAGUCCAGUGUGAAGUUUCCACAGUCUGUGUUGAUUUGGGGAGCCAUGUCAUCUGCUGGUGUUGGUCCACUGUGCUUCAUUAAGUCCAGGGUCAACGCAGCCGUCUACCAGGAGAUUUUGGAGCACUUCAUGCUUCCUUCCACAGACGAGCUUCAUGGGGAUGCUGACUUCAUUUUCCAGCAGGACUUGGCACCUGCCCACACUGCCAAAAGCACCAAAGCCUGGUUCAAUGACCGUGGGAUUACUGUGCUUGAUUGGCCAGCAAACUCGCCUGACCUGAACACCAUAGAGAAUCUAUGGGGCAUUGCCAAGGGAAAGAUGAGAGACAUGAGACCGAACAAUGCAGAAGAGCUGAAGGCCGCUAUUGAAGCAUCCUGGUCUUCCAUAACACCUCAGCAGUGCCACCGGCUGAUAGCUUCCAUGCCACACCGCAUUGAGGCAGUAUUUGCUGCAAAAGGGGCCCAAACCAAGUACUGAGACCAUAUGCAUGCUUAUACCUUUCAGAGGUCCGAUAUUGUUCUAUGUACACUCCUUGUUUUAUUGAUUGCAUGUAAUAUUCUAAUUUACUCAGAUUGUGGAUUUGGGGUUCUCAUGAGCUGUAAGCCAUAAUCAUCGCACUUAUGACAAAUCACGGCUUGAACUAUCUUGCUUUGCAUGUAAUGCGUCUAUAUCAUAUAUUAGCUUCCCCUUUUACGUUGCAUUACUGAAAUAAAUGAACUUUUGCACGAUAUUCAAAUUUUUCGAGUAUCACCUGUAUCAUAUUCCUAUGUAUAGCUUUGAUUUUUAAAAAAGGAUUUAAUUGAAAAUUGUUUUGUCAGAUUUAGUGUUCGACAAAGUCGAACACUAAAUCUGACAAAACAAUUUUCAAUUAAAUCCUCGGUAUGUAUGAUUUAAUUUAAAUAUAUUUACUGGUCCCCGUCAAUUAGGGGAAGGUCUGUGUGUAACUCUUCUGUAGAAACUAACAAUCAGGACUAACUUAUUGAGCUGGAAUUGUCAAAUUGUAGCCCAAAAACUGCUAAAAAAAAUACAUUUGAAAUUCACUUAAAAUUCACCUAGAAGUCUUUAUUGAAUAACUUCUGCCAGAGAACCAGGGGAAAUAGACUAAAUGUAAAAAAUGUGCAGCUUUCCUGCUGUGAUAGCGUCUCAGAUUCCUCGAAGGAUUGUUUGUCAGGUUAAAAAAGAUGUUUUCACUGGAGAUAAAUAUCAUUGUAUAGUAAUUCUCCCUUAAACUGUGACAGGGUUAGUUAUUCACUAAAGUAUGAAAUGUGACGACUUCAGAGUGAAUUUGAAAAUCACUUUAAAAAUCCCCACAAUUCCCAUUUUAUAUAAAUUAUCCAAGGUCAUUGUUUGGUAAAUAAAUAUAUAAUAUUACUUUAACGUUGCCUUAUCCUACAGAAGAACACUGGAUUUUUUUUACUGCUCUCCUGUAUGUCAGUUUAUUUAUAAUAAUGUUCGUUUUUUAAUUGAUGUGUAAAAAUGAAUAAAUGUAACAUUUUAUCA